CUAGUCUCCUCCGCAGUACAGUGCACCCCCUCACCUCCAGCAUGGCCUCUGCUGGGCUACAGAUCCUGGGAGUUGUCCUGACUCUGCUGGGCUGGGUGAAUGCCCUGGUAUCCUGCACCCUGCCCAUGUGGAAGGUGACCGCCUUCAUCGGCAGCAACAUCGUGGUGGCCCAGGUGGUGUGGGAGGGGCUGUGGAUGUCCUGUGUGGUGCAGAGUACCGGCCAGAUGCAGUGCAAGGUGUAUGACUCACUCCUGGCACUGCCCCAGGAUCUGCAGGCUGCCCGUGCCCUCUGCGUUAUCACCCUCCUUGUGGCCCUGCUAGGUCUGCUGGUCUACCUUGCUGGGGCCAAAUGUACCACCUGUGUGGAGGACAAGGAUUCCAAGGCCCGACUGGUGCUCACCUCCGGGAUCAUCUUUGUCAUCUCAGGGGUUCUGACCCUGAUCCCCAUCUGCUGGACAGCCCAUGCUAUCAUCCAGGAUUUCUAUAAUCCCCUAGUGGCUGAGGCCCAGAAGAGGGAACUGGGGGCCUCCCUCUAUCUGGGCUGGGCAGCCUCGGGCCUUUUGUUGCUGGGUGGGGGGCUGCUUUGCUGCACUUGCCCCUCAGGUGGAUCCCAGGGCCCCAGCCAUUACAUGGCCCGAUACUCAGCAUCUGCCCCUGCCACUUCUCGGGGGCCCUCUGAGUACCCCACCAAGAAUUAUGUCUGA